AAAACUGUUUAGCAUGCUUGCUGCCUCCUGCGAUUGAUAUUGAAGCGACACUGAAGCGAUUCCGGUAGCUCCUCACAGAAUCGAUCAAUAGUGGAUGCAUUAUUAGUUGGCAUGACUCAUCGGGGCUUCAAUGAUCCUGCUCCCAUCGCAGGUCUUAGUUAGACCAACCAGUUAGUGUUUGCAAGCUGCAUGUACAAUAUUUAGGAUCAAACUUAAUUUGAGGACUUUUAAAUUAACCAAUAUUCAGUGAAGAGGAGAGGAGCUUGCAAAGUAUGGGCCUGACUGGAUCGUUUGUUUUUAGCAUCCGAUUAAAUUCGACUUUUUAAUGUGAAGUUUGCAAGUCUGGAUGUGGAUCACUGUGGCUGGAUUGAAAGGUUGGUGUUUUGGGGUCGGAGGACCUUCUCUUUGAAUGCAGCCCAUGAUGCGUGACUGAUUGUUGGGAGCAGCUGGCUGAAGGAUAAGCCCAAGAUAUACAUUAAUUCUCAUGUUUAGAUGCUCGGAUCAAGUUCAACAUUCAAGACAUGGUGUGGAACGAAAUCACUGUUAUCCUGCAGUGUUUAUGAAAUACGCCCGGACACUACCUAGACCUGUUCUGUUAAUGCAUUAACAUUGACGACAUGUAAAUAUAUGUUACUGUGUUGUAAUAGCAUUAACUUUCUUUGAUGUGGAAUUUGAACCCUUAUUCAACAAACCGUGAAACUCAUUGUGUUAAAAAUAUGUGAGGAUUCAAAAACUGGAGUAGCGGCUUUGAGUUGUUUAGCCUAUCUAGGAUGAGUCAUGGCUUGGGAGAAAUCCCCCUCUCGGCUCAGGAGACAAGAUACGAAAUUACCUUUAUCUCCGCUCCCUUGCUUUCACUGCUAGAGACUGUGCAGGAUGCAUAGAAUUUAAACAGGGUGAAGGAGACUCCAACCCUGCAGUGGAGCUGACUGUCAUUGUAUGUACAUUUUGUGCACGACCGUGGAUUUGAUGAAGUGCAAUCACCGUUAUGUAUCUGACAGACGUUUCUGACUCAUAAUUGUUUUCUGAUGAUCAAUGAGAAUUAGUAGAUUGACAAGAUUUGGAGACUGGAUUCCAGGCCGAAAUCUUCAUAUGACGUUUGUGAUGAAAAUGGAAGUGUUGGAUUUAAUGGAUGUGUGGGACUACUGACUUUUGGGGAUGAAUUCAGUUUGACAACCGAGGAGGAAGACCACUGAUGGGAGAGUGAUUGGGAGAAGCUGAACACAUGGAAAACUCUCACCGUAGGUUCUACACAAAUCUCAAUAUAACGAGAUUAUGAUGAGGUGAGAACGUGCAACUAUAUACAAGUGACAUACUUGCGGCGCCGUUAUCACUCUGAAGAUAACAGCAUAUCACUAGAUGAAGAUUGUCUGUUGAGUAUCCAUGUUAUGCAAGGUGCCCGUGACUAUCCCAGGUUGCAAUCAGCGUGCUUCAUCUGUUUUGUAAUGUUUCUUAUUGAACGGAUCCUCCUACUGCUUGUAGACUAGCCUUGUGAGAAAUAGCCAUUAACACCAGACCUAGGUGUUUUCAGCAUUGUCUGAGCGGGAUAUUUCACCAAGACCUCACUAAAAUAGACAACUGACUUUUUUCGUCUGUGAAUAGACUGUUAAUAGGUCUUUCAGCAAUUGUGGAUGCAGUUCUCUCGUGCACGUCAGGGAGAAAGGCAGCAGACAGAUAGUUAAGACUCUUGUGCUGUCGCAAUCACAACCCUUUAUACCAGAUGGUCUUACAGGUUGUUAGACAAUUGAGGACGUCGACGUACUAACAUUUCCUUGAUUACAGCAGUGUAGUCCUUGUAGAGAUUGUGCAGUGUUGGUUGUGUUGAUGUGAAAUGGACACUGAAUGACAGAGAUGUGUUUGAAAUGGGCAUCUUGUAAAUAGCGUGGAUUACAAGACAAGAGGUUUCAUUGGAUAUAUAUCACCAUGAUGGAGCAUUCCAAGUCCCUCUCGGACACUGAGCAGCCUAUGACAGAAGAGAAAUCUUCAGGCUCCAAAAUGUUGAAGAAGGCAAAAUCAUUCCGAGAUGACAUCAAAACGAAGAUUAAGCGGAGGCCAUCGACAGGGGCACAACAGAUGAUUCCUGAAAAUAAGUCCCCGAAGAACAAGCAGUCAAAGGCCGUCAGCAGAACCAAUAGCAUGAAUGAGGGGUCCAAAACAGACAGAUCAGAAGACACAGACGAGGCGGACAAGCUGCAGAUGGAGGUGGAGGAGGUGAAUCGCACCCUCAACUUCAUCGUCCGCGCCGUGGUGACGCAGGGGAAGCAUGAGGUGUUGCCGCCGUCAGCCACGCUAGUCCUGGAGACAGUCAUGAACGUCUUUACCCUGCUGAGCAACCACCUGCUCAACCAGGACAGUUCAAAGCUGGCUUCCCAUCACAACAAAGUGUGCCAGUGCCUGGCCAAGUUCAUACGAUGGUCGGACAGCGUGCUGAUGAAGAGUGAGGACACGUUCAACAAGGAGACUGCCAAUGAAAUAAUUGCUGCCCUCUCUGAUGGGAUAAAGGAUCUGACGCAGCUGUGUAUAGAGAAGAUGGCGUCCCGGAAGAGCAGCCUGCCCAAGUCCCCCACCUCCAGCUCCAGCCUACAGGGGACACUCGAGAGCAAACGUUCCUCACUUCCUGACAUCCCGCUGACCCCGAGGGAACGCGAGAUCCUGGAACAGACGAGCGGCAUGGGUAUCUAUGACAAUGCUACAGUAUCCCGCUCCAGCGAAGGCCUCAGCAACCCCACUAUAUUUUCCUUCGACGUUGAAGAUUCCCCACCCCCCAAACCCCCUCUUCCAGAUGGAGCAAACUCAAUAUUACCACGGAUAUUAGGUGCAGAUGUACCCGACGUUGACUUCCCACCACCACUCCCUGACAAGGAGAAGCGCCGGUCAGGGAACAUGUAUGAUCUCAUGUCCAGCACCACCUCCACUACAUCCCUCACACCAACACAGUCACCACAGAACAGCAUCCUGAUUAGUCCAACAGGCGAGAUCCUGACACCUUUCAGCCAAUCACCACACAGUGUGUCGCCGAUGAGCCACUCGCCAUCAAGUAGUGUCGGCUCCGGACUUAACAAAUCCACAGAAGACCUCAUAGCCACGGCACAGAGGUCGAGUCGGACCAAUAGUAUAACAAAAUUAACCGAAGGACAAGUAAUGAAUUCAUCGUCUUCAAGUGUAAUGCGUUCAUCGACAAAUCAACAUACAACGUUUGACGAAAUUAAUUCCCUGACUUAUAAAAUUAACCAGCUAACCUCCAGCAUUGAUGAAAAGCCUCCUCCUAUUCCAAGCAAGCAGCGUCUCCACAGACUGAUGUCGACGUACGAUAACGUCCCAGACGCCCUCCAGGUGUGCAACGCGUCCUCUAUGUCCUCCGCUUCCAGGUCUGUGUUCAACAGGACCAUGGAGUCCCGGAUCUCGUCCUCCUCGACCUGCAGCUCCCAGUCCUCACAGAGCUCUCAGUCUACACAGUCUUUCAUGAGUGUGCUGACCCAGAAGUCCGCCUCCAGUAGUGCUCUGCUGUUCUGUGCUGACAGAACGAGCUCCCAAGAAACUUAUUCAAGUUCGGAGACGUUCUCGUCGGCCACCAGUCACUCCAGUACCGAGAGUCUGCCAAAACCUCCACCUCUCCCACCCAAGAAGAGGCACAAUUUUGCCGUUUCAGUACAUGCCUACAUGCAGACGUUUGGGUCUUAUACCCAACCGUCUUCCCUUGAGUGUAUCUCACGGCACUCUAUCAACUUCUACGAGGCUCAGUGGCACCAACACCAGAUGGAGCUGUUCCAGCCACUUUACCCACGCUCCAACACCAUCAGCGUCAUCUCCGACAUCUCCAACUUCAGCUCGGACACGUCCUUCAGCUCCGGGUCACCGGAUAGAUUCACCGGCUUGCCGGCACUACCAAUCAAAAUGAAGCGGCAGAAUAUGAAUCGUCAGAGUAUGACCUCGACGGGGUCAGGAUCAAGUCAGUCGGACAUGUCAAACAGCGCGGGUGACAUCCGUGAGAAGACCGUCAGUCUCCUGGAACCAGCAGUCACGGGGCCCCGGCCAGCCAUAGAGCUGGACCCCAAACGCCAAUCUGCCCCGGCCACUGUGUGUGAAACCAUCAUCCCCGUCCCUCCCCCGAAGCCUGCCCCCAAACCCGUGACCCCACCCCCUCCCCCUGCCCCCCAGAAGCCUGAGAUUCAGAAAGACGCUGAUUCUGACUUUGCUGAGCUGAACCCUCUGGAUGAUGUGGAUGUGUCAGAUCAGCUCAUCAGGAAACAACAGGGUGAAGAUGGCCCCGACAUCCGUGGCGGAUGUAUAGAUGCACUGGUAGUACAUGCCACAGCUGCUGGGAAAUCAGGCUCACAAGGCGAUCUAGUUAACCAAGAAGAGUUCAUCUACCAGGAGGCGUUCCUGACAACCUACCGGACGUUCAUCGUCUGCAAGGAGCUGAUAGAUAAGCUGCUGUACCGCUUCUACAAGUUCCAGCACGUCAAGGACAAGAAGAGACUCUCCCGGAAUGCUUUCUCCCUCCUCAUUAGGGUGGUGGAUGAACUGGGGUACAUGGAGUUAGAAGAAGAAGUGGUUCGGCGGAUGAUGGACCUGGUAUAUGAACUGGUCUGUCAGGGAGAGUUGAUGCUGGCAAGGAUUCUUCGCAAGAAAAUUAUCGAGAAGUGUGAGCAGCGUCAGAAGAUCCUUGCUGACAAUGCCAACACCGUGACCCCCGUACAGUCAAUCCAGCUGUCUCAGAACCUGCCAGACCUUCUCCACUUCAAGUCUCAGGAGAUCGCAGAACAGAUGACGCUCAUGGAUGCUGAACUGUUCCAGAAAAUAGAGAUUCCUGAGGUUCUGUUGUGGGCCAAGGAACAGUCUGAGGAGCUGAGCCCCAACCUGACCCACUUCACUGAACACUUCAACAAGAUGUCGUAUUGGUGUCGCACACGCAUCCUGACGCAAGAAGACCCCAAGGAGAGAGAGAAGUACCUCAUCAAAUUCAUCAAGAUAAUGAAGCACCUGAGGAAGAUGAGCAACUUCAACUCAUACCUGGCCAUUCUGUCUGCUCUUGAUUCGGCACCAGUGAGGAGACUUGAGUGGCAGAAGCAAAACUUAGAGGCUCUGAAAGAGUUCUGUCAGUUGAUUGACAGUUCUUCAUCAUUCCGUGCAUACAGACAAGCACUCUCCGAGACGGAGCCUCCAUGUAUACCGUACCUAGGGUUGAUUCUACAAGACCUGACCUUCAUCAACAUCGGCAACCAGGACCUCCUGCCCGACCACAGCAUCAACUUCUCCAAACGUUGGCAGCAGUUCAACAUCCUCGACAGCAUGCGCCGAUUUAAGAAGUGCAACUAUGAAUUCAAGAAGAGUGAGAAAAUAUUGUCUAUCAUCAAUGAGUUUGAUGACUAUUUAUCUGAAGACCUUCUGUGGCAAAUAUCAGAGAAAAUAAAACCAAGGGGAGGAAGAAAGAAAGUGGAAGUGGACUAAACACUUGACCAGAUCCAAGAACUGUGGAAACCUGACGAAGUGCGAGAUGAACAGAUUGACAGAUGCACAUGCUGAGUGUCUUCCUAUCAGAGGCCUUUUGCCCAGUCCAGACUGUGAAGCUUACAAGUUUUUGGGUUCCAAGUCGAUCUCACUGGCCUCCUGACAAUGACACAUUAAUAGGACCUUAACAGGACUAUCUACAGAACUGCUGGAUUGGUGAACAAACUUAGGCAGACUAUGUGAGCUGUAGAACCCUACUCUUAUUAUUGACCUUGUGCGUCAAGUCAGUCAUCUCCAUGGACUCGCUCCAGUGCCACUUUGAUAGGAAUUAACAGGACUAUCUACGGCACUGGUGGAUUGGUGAACAAGUUAGGCAGACUGUGUGAGCUGUAGAACCCCACAUUUGUUAUAGACCUUGUCUGUCAAGUCAGUCAUCUCCAUGGACUCGCUCCAGUGCUACUUUGAUAGGAAUUAACAGGACUAUCUACAGCACUGGUGGAUUGGUGGAUAGUUAGGCAGACAGUUAGGUAGACAAUGCAUGUGUGAAGCUACAACACCCCGCCAUCUCCGUGGCCUCGUGACAAUGCCACUUUCAUAGGGCUAUUUACAUCACUGCUGGAUUGGUGAACACAGUUAGGCAGACAAUGCAUGUGUGAAGCUUCAACACCCCACUAUCUCCAUGGCCUCGCAACAAUGCCACUUUCAUAGGGCUAUCUACAUCAAUGCUGGAUUGAUGAAUGCAGUUAACCUGACUGUACAUUAUUUCUGGAUAGAAGUCCAUCUUAAAAAAGAAGGUGCUUGUGUAGGGCUGCCUUGUGUGCUGAGCAUAUGCAGAGCAUUGAGUUGACGUAAAGACCUACCCCGCUUGAUGCAAUAUGUCUUGUUGAACUUUGAACAAACCCUAAGGGUAUAUGAGGUCAGAGGCAGGCAGAGUUGUGUCCCUUUGAAGCCAGGAUCAACUGGUUCUGGGUUUGAAUCCUGAAUUCAUCCACUUAUGAUACUUGGUCUGUUGCGACUAUAUGGGUUGGUAGGUUUCAUUAAAGUGGUAAACGGCUAUGACUUGCAUUACUUUGGACUUGUCUCCCACUUUAAGCUGCAAAAGAAGUUAACGAUGUCUGAUAUGUACUGAGACAUUUAACCUAAGCACUCAGUUGCUCGAUGUGUGUAUUUGUUUGAUGUGUGGAGGUAUCAUUCAGUUUGAUACUUGGACAAGUUACCAUGACACUGAUGUAACCCUUCUUACAAAUUUCAACAUAUCUUAUGUUCAUUGUGAGGAGAAAUCAAAGAAUGAAAAGUGGACAUAAUGGCCGAUAUUUCAAGCUAGAGAAAAGCACCAAUUGUCUGGAUAUCUGCAGUGAAUUUCAAGGAAGUAGUGAAUGUUUUGCUGUGAUUUUUAUUGAGAAUCUGAACACCUUGUAUAGAAAUCUUGAUAUGAAAAUUGGAUAUUUGUGGCCUCUUGUCAUUUACAGCAUUCAUAUCAUUGUUGGAUUGUUAAAUUUGUUUUUACCACUGAAUACCAAAAUGUGUAUUUGUGUUGUCAUUUCAUGUUGAAAUGAGUUUGACUUUUGAUAAAGUGCGUUGCAGCCACUUGCACCUGGAUAUUUUAAUCUGGGUUAUCUGCUCUUGUGUGGAAUGGUUAUCACAAGGCAGUUGUGGAUUGACCUUCUGCGAAUCUUCUGGGUUAUCUGCCCUUGUGUCGAAAGGUUAUCACAAGGAAGUAGUGGAUUGACCUUCGGCGAAUCUUCUGGGUUAUCUGCCCUUGUGUGGAAAGGUUAUCACAAGGAAGUAGUGGAUUGACCUUCAGCAAAUCUUCUGGGUUAUCUGCCCUUGUGUGGAAAGGUUAUCACAAGGAAGUAGUGGAUUGACCUUCAGCAAAUCUUCUGGGUUAUCAGCCCUUGUGUGGAAAGGUUAUCACAAGGCAGUAGUGGAUUGACCUUCAGCCAAUCCGGGUUAUCUGCCCUUGUGGUGAAAGGCUACAACAAGGCUGUGUGGAGCAGUGUAUAGACUUUCAGCUACUCUGAAAGAAUUAUAGCGUUUAAUAAGUUACAAAUUGGCUGCCAUAUCUAUAUCCGGCCUAUUGCCUGCAUCACACCAGACACCAGAUGGCGCUUCCCAACAAUACCUGGAGGUUAUAGUUACGAGAUUUAAUAAUUGUUGUGUCAAAGAUAUUAAAUUAGUUUAUGCAAUUUAGCCGAUGACGAGUGUGUGUGAUUAGAUGUGUAAGAGCUGCCAUAUCUGUUGUUGUAACUUUGGCUGUUUCUGCAGGGAUUAGGACAACAAAUUGGAGAUAUUUAUGCAUAAUGAAUUGAAGAUAUUUGUAUUUGUUGAUUUGUUAAUGCAACUAGUGGUUCACCACAGGGUACGAGUGCUGGAUAGGACGGAAUACAAGACUGUUUAUGAUUGUAGUAGACCCAAUUCCCUUUGCCUCGAGUUGGGAUGAGAAAGUGAUAUGCAGUUAGUCAGGCGAUACUAUCAAAAAAAUCAUUUCUCGUUUGGUGUUAGUCUUUAUUAGGGCUGGGACGAGUCCAAAUUUACCACCCAGGUACCCCACCCACCCCCUAUUACCCGAUACCUGCUGUAGGGUCAACAGUUGGGUAUAAAAUGUCCAAUUAGGAAUUGUUUUACCGAAUAUCUAUAAAACAAUCUGGUCAUGCAUACACUGAAGUUGACUGAAGCUGUAUCUUUACUCAAAAUGUCAGAUGGAAUGCGCGUAUGGUCAGAAAGAUAUGUAGUGACUUGCAAGUAACCAUGGAGUUGUAUUUAACGAUAUAUCAAGUGACUAACCACGGGUCUGGGUAGUCCUUUGGGUACACGGGUCCUACUUACUACCCCCCCGACCUGAGUGCCCGAGUUACCCGUCCCAGCCCUAGUCUUCAUCCUGCUUGUUUACCUAUGUAUGCCAGAGAGAAUACUGUAACUAAAUCUGCAGGAUUUGUGUCAGAGAUCGUGGAUACUACUUUGGCAUCACAUGGCAAGUUUCAGACAUUUUUUAGGGAGAAAAAAACAGAAAAUGUAUUUUUAUUUGAUUUAUUUUUUAUUCCUUCUACCUAGACCAAGAAAUAAAAAAAAUCUUUUAAUAAAUCUGUUUAUAUUGGUGGAUAUUUUGUACAUUUGUUUGAUUUUUCUUUUGGUACGCAUCUCUGUGAGAAUCAUUCAAAGCACAUUUCCAGCAGAUUUUUCCUUUCAUGAACCAAAACAACCAUCCACGUUUUGUUUUAAGGGGGAUUGAUAUUCCACAGUCUUAUUCCUGAUAGGUAGAAGUUGUAGGUCGUGCCCCAUGUGAAACUGUGACCAUCUCGUUGUAGUUAGGGUACUGCUAGAUUGAUGUUCAUAAAGAAGUUUGGGUUUAGCCGACCAAUAACGUAUGGAUGGUCCAACUAUGACUGCCUUUGACCCGAUUCUCUUCAAGAUCCUCAUGUGUAAUUAGAUAAAGCUGGAACUUGUAUCUUGAUUGAAGUAUGGCCGUCUGAGGUAAAGUGACUGUGUGACGCCUGACAUUUUGGGGGAUUUACGGAUUUGAUCGUGAAACAUUUGGUCUGUAGGUCGAUAAAAAUAAAAAUAAAUGCAUUGUACAGGAUUUUUUUAAUCAUCUUAAUGUUUGAUCGGUGGGUAAUAAAAAAAUAAUAAGGACAAAUUAUUGCUGGAAAUUUUCUGUUUUAGUCAUAUAGAACCCUUGGAUUAUAUUUAUCUUUAUUGUCAGCAGUUAACAAAACUUUUUCAUGCUGUUAUAUUUUAUUUCUGAAUUUUGAUUUUUAAGGUCGGAUCUGUAAACCAAGCCAAAAAAAGUAAGGCCUAAUUGUGACUUAAUGAAGGAGUGAGUGAGUUGGGUUUAACGCCGCUUUUAACAGUGUUCCAGUUAUAUCGCGGUGUGUCCUGAGGAAGCAUAAUAAGCAUGAUAAUUGCCUUUAGAUGACAUCAUUGGUUUGUGUACCCAGCUUUCUCAGUGUGUCAUAACAGUUCUUUCUCUAGGACAUUGACGGAUUGUAUUCCAAAAUGUCCUGGAGAUUUAGUCCAAUUUGGUUAUGGUAUUGACAAGUGUUCUCUCAAAAGAUGCUAAAAUUUGAAAAUGUGCAAUUGACAUUUGUCUCUUGCCACAUCAUUGCGUUAUGUCAGAUCGCUCUGACAUAUUGAAAUGUUUGAUCAUCUAGCAAAGGUGAAAGGUGAACUUCUGUAGUUCCUCUGGUUCUUGGCUCCAUUCAAGAAAGUGUCACACAAAACAGAAAUCCCAUCUUCAGUGUAGUUACGUGGGUAGCAUAGGUCUUCAGCAACCCAUGCUUUCCGUAAAAGGUAACUAUGCUUGUCGUAAGAGGCAACUAACGGGAUCGGGUGGUCAGGCUCGCUGACUUGGUUGAUGCAUGUCAUCAUAUCCCAAUUGUGGGAUCGAUGCUCAUGAUGUCAAUCACUGGAUUGUCUGGUCCCGACUCGAUUAUUUACAGACCGCCAUCAUAUAGCUGGAAUAUUGCUGAAUGCUGCGUUAAAUAACAAACAAACAAUUCAAUGAAGUUAGCUCGAGCCAAUUUGGAAUUAAGAAUGAUAUUUACAUGUAUACUACUCAUCUUCUGAUAGGAGCGGUCAGGUAGUCUAGUGGUUAAAGUGUUCCCUCGUCACGCCGAAGACCUGGGUUCAAUUCCCGAGAUGGGUACAAUGUGUGAAGCCCAUUUCUGGUAUCCCCCGCCGUGAUAUUGCUGGAAUAUUGCUAAAAGCGGCAUAAAACCACACUCACUCACUCACUCACUCAUCUACUGAUAGGGGUAGUGAAAUAUUUUAUGCCAUAUACAUCUAUGUGUCAUAAGUAUGGUUUGUCCUGGAAUGUAUGGUUCCCUAUCAUCCCUAGAGUAUGUUUUAACAUGUUGCAUCUUUUGUUAUCUGAUUUCUGCAUGGUCAGCAUUUUCUUGCCUAUUCACCAUAAAGUACUCCCAGAAGAGUUAGGGACCACCCAAUUCUUUCAUAUCACUGUUAGUUCAUCAGGACAUGAUGGAUUACUUCAGCCAUGAAAGGGGCGGUCAGGUAGCCUAGUGGUUAAAGCGUUCGCUCGUCACGCCGAAGACCCGGGUUCGAUUCCCGACAUGGGUACAAUGUGUGAAGCCCAUUUCUGGUGUCCCCCGCCGUGAUAUUGCUGGAAUAUUGCUAAAAGCGGCGUAAAACCGUACUCACUCACUCACUCACUCAGCCAUGAAAGAAUCUGGUGGUCCUUUACCUUUUUUGAGCAGUAUAGAUGUCUAAGUGUUUUAUAUUGGACUAGAUUUGUCGAGAAAAUGUAAGGAGGACCACAAUGUGUUAAUUCUUAAUUCACUUGUUAAGUGAUUUGGUGAGACGAUGAUGUGAAAUUAUGAUAGUAGCCUGAAACAUGAUUGCCUGUCCAUCUUGUUUUGCACAUGAGGCAGUGGCUUCUAGAUCGCUUAGACUUGCACACAUAUGCAAUGAAAGGAUGCAUGAUUAGUGGAGAUGUACAAUCAUGAAUAAAAAAGAUGGAAGUGACCUUCAAAGUGGCAAGAUCAUGUGACUUACUAACCUUUGACCUGUGUGGCUGGUCCACUUGCUGAAGAUUAAAGGGAGAGAACUUGAGUCUGCUGGCAGACCACAAGAAAAUACAGGCAAAUGCUGUGUAGACCUGAUGUAAAUUGUAGAGAUUGUGUAUAUGCAUUUGUGUGCUACGAUCGCAUUAUAUUGGAUGUGUGAUCCUCACACACGUGAUAUGUUAUAAAUAUUUGUACAGUGUGAAAGUUCAUAUUGAAUGUUAGGUGUGUACAAAUUGCCAUCUGUACAGACCCCAAAGAUAUUUGACAGUGCUUUUUUGAAAAAUUGAUGUAUUGCUCUGUUAUGUAUAAUUGUCUAAUUCCAUAACUUAUUUAAUUCUUAUUCAUAGUUAAUACCAGUUAAUGUACAGGAAAGUCUUUAUAAACAUUUUUAAGAUAUGUAUUUCAAUUGUGAGAAAUGCAACAGUGCUUUAAGACAAAGAUUAUCUGUCACAAUCAACGGUUUGAUAUAAUCUACUCAAGAGAAGUUACGUUAUUUUGACAUGACUGGUGGGUAUGGGAACACAGCUUUCCAAUUGUGGGUGUUUCUUAACUUCUUUUGAGUAGUAUAUAUCCAUUAAGUUAAUCUGAAGAUUGUGUUGUGCUCUCUAUAUCCACAAGUAUUCACAUGUUAUAUGCUAAAAUGGCAGACACAUUGGUUGGUGAUAGGACACUACUGUUAAACAACUGGAGUGGUUCCCCUCAGAAGAGGUACCAUAUUUCCUCUAUAAAGAGCCUGGACACUAUUGACUUCAUUUAGACCAACCCCCUGUCAGAGGCUAGCUCUUACCAUGGCCCAGUCCUUUGUCCUUCUAUAUCUGUUUUAAGAUGAGGGGGUACAGUGAUUAACAUUCAGAUCAAUUCCAGCCUGACUGGCUAGUCUAUUAAAUUGCCAGUCUAGCUAAAACGUUGCCAGUGUGACCUUUUUACUCUUAUUGUUAGAUUGGCAUUCUAGGAGUUGGUGAGUGAGAAAACAUACAACUUUAUGGAUAACAACUUCUGGUUUAUGAUGAAGUUGUCAUAAAAGGUUGUAUGAUUUCUUUAACUCUUGACUGAAUGAGAAUAAUUGAUAUUGUGCAAAAUUGAUCUCUACUUGAAAUAAUAAUUGCCCAUUUUCUGAGAUAUGUUGAUGUUUGGUCAUUCUCAAAAUGCCAUGAUUUUUUUCUUAAUUUAAGUUCAUAACAAUCUUUUAAAAAAUGCAAAUUUUUAUGAAUUUUUUAACUAAAUCUACAAAAACGCAGAAAAGAUUCAGUCUGACUUUAAAACUUGCAUGUUGUAAAAGCUGACUGUCUGAGGCUGGUAUUUGCAGCACUUGAUGACAGCUCAGUUUAAAAAACUUUCUCAUUUUCAUGUAAUGGGGAAAAAACAUUAGGUGUAGUUGCUCUCACCCUUAUUUGCAAACCCUACCCCUGGGCCAGACUUUUAAUAGAGGAAAGAUGGUAAUCUGUGGCAAGAACAUGGUACAUGCUUUCAGUGUCUAGAUGUUUUGUAAUAACCAAGUGUUUCUUUUCAGGUUUCGGCAUUGUGCCCGAGCUGACCUGACACCUCUUUGCCUGAAUGUAAACGAUGUAAAAUAUCCUAGAUAUAUGGUGUGAUUGACCAUCUUUUAGGAAUCACUAUGCCUGCGAUCAUGUGAUGGGUUUUAAUACCUGAUAAAACUUACCAUUUCAUGGAUGAUGUACACAUUCAAAUAGAGGCGUCUGUAUUAUUUUCGAACUUGCUUGUCACCUUAUGUGCUGUAGUUGCCAUCCAGUAUGACAUCUUUAAGAAUCUUUCAGAGUUUGUAUACUUGCUUUUCCAACAGUGGUAUAUUUGACAUAACAGUCCUGUGAGGCUAAUCUGCUUUCACCUGACUCUAGGUGGUGACGAGCAGUGUAUAGAACCUGUACAGCAUGACAAAGCCUGGCUCUGCCUGCGGAUCUCCGUGUAGCCCAUUUAUUCAUACCUCACUGGACACCUUGUGAAGUCUGGGGGCAUUACCAACUUAUUUUUCAAAGAUUAGGCAUUAUUUCAACCUGAAGGAACCAUAGAUUGUAUUGAUGCUUUUAGUCUCCAGUAAUUUGGUAGCUUUUAUGUUAGUUGAGAACAAGAUUAUGUGAAAAUUGUAUACUGUAAUAAUUUACCUUAUAUGCUGUAUUAAGGCCCUGCUCCCCUCGACUAACUUCUAGAUCAAUUUGUAAGUAUAGUCGUUGUGAAUGCCCCUACUACAUGACUGUCCCUAUUUUCCUAUGUGUGUUCCAUAUUUUAUUUCUUACAGAAAAUCGUGUAGAAGGGGUAUGAUUACUUGGUAAAUACUUUCGGACACAUUUUAGUUCUGUUGCCAUUUGAGCUAAGUUUUUUUUUAAAUUAUCUUGUGUAAUAAGUGGCCCCCUCCUCUCCCUUAUAUAUUUUCUAAGCACCUAGGGCAUUUAAUAUGUUUAUUAUAGCAAAUAUGGUAUGAAUCAUCUCUAAGAUUAACAAAGAUAUUUUUGUUUAGUCACCACAUGAUCAAAUGCUGUGCGAUUGGAUGAGAAAAGGGAGAAUAUUGUGUCAUAUUGACUGACUUGUUCAAGAUGUUCCUCGAGUAACCCUGUUAUUGGUGCAAGGAUAUGAAUGGGUAUUACAUUUGAGGCAUGCAUAUUUGGGCUACUUAUCUAUUUCUACUGUGGUCUGUAUACUUGGAGUGAAACGGCUUCUGGGAUGGUAUAGAUGUAUGCAAUUUUUCCUGUUUAUUUAUUUAUUACAAGAACUGUGCAAUGUUGAUGUGCUGUUGUAUCAUUUGCAAACAUGAAUAAAUGUCCUUUCAAUA